CGAGCAACAGUCGUGGCAAACGGUUUACAUCGAGUUUACGUAGAGCCCAGAACAAAACCAAAAACUAACCCAGAAGAGCAAAUUCAAUUACAAAAUGCAAACCCAUAAACUGAGCAUUCUGAUUGCUGCGCUUAUCGCAAUCAGCCAUUAUAAAGAUGUAGCGGCACUGACAUGCAGCACGGGUUCGGGCACAUCCCAAGCCUGUACAGAUGCUCUAGCCGAAUGUUUUGUGAAAACAGAUAAUGGUGUUGUGACGCGUGGCUGUACAACGGACCCCGCCUGUGCCGCGCCCAACUGCUUGAAGUGCAAGACGGACAACUGCAAUGCGGCACUGAUGUGCAAGCAGUGCGAUGCCACCCAAUCGGAUUGCGGCAGGACGACUGGCGCGAACUCAUCUAAUGUGAUAUGCGGGUCGCCCACACAGCAGUGCGGGACACAGUUGCAGUCGAAUGGUGCAGUGGUGCGUGGCUGUUUGAACUGUGCUGCGAAUGAUUCCAACUGCAAGUCCUGCGCAACGGAUAACUGCAAUGUGGGCAUCUUUCCGGAGAAUCGUCAACUGUGCUACCAGUGCAGCGGCGAGUCCUGCAGCAACUUGGACAACAGCACCAUGCUCCUGGGCUGUGCGAUCUAUCAGGCGACAGGACAGAAGUGCUAUACGAUCGGCACCAGUGCGACCAAUAUGCAGCGUGGCUGCCAGUCGGACACGGCGGCGGACAACAAAUGCUCGGCCACCUCAACCGAUCCCAGCUGCCUAUUCUGCGACAACGAGAAUGGCUGUAACAACAGGCCGUAUUCACGUGUCCUGGGCAGCUGCUACAAGUGCAAUGACAGCGACAAGUGCCAGCUGCAGCAGGAGGCGAGCACGGCAACUGAAUGCGCAGCGGCCGUCUAUACCCAGAACGUGAACAGUUGUUAUACUCAACUGCUUGCCAAUGGUGUCGUGGCACGUGGCUGCACCAAUGAGCUGGCUGCCGGAUGCAAUGCAUCCAACAAUUGUGAUGCAUGCGAGGGCAACAACUGCAACGCGGCCGUAGCCGUAUUCAAAUGCUUGAUCUGUCGGAGCGACUACUAUGCGCCCUGUCGUGAAGCAGAGGUCGGACAGGAAAAUUGUCCAGCCUCCAGUCUGACUGGACCCGAUGCGAUGAAAUGCUUCAGUGGAGAGUGGGAUGGAGUCGUAAUUCGCGGCUGCCUCAGCGAGGCGAGUGAUGUGAUGAAAUACCAGUGCUCAAAAGACAGCCCCUCACGCUGCACCGAAUGCAGUGGCAUGGGAUGCAACGACAUUUCAUACAAUGUAGCCGCCACAUUGCAGCAAAUGGCUCUGUCCUUGUUCGCGCUGAUCUGCAUUGUGCACAAAUAUAUCUAAUUUGAAUAGAGCAAA